AUGGCUGCAGAAAUCCCAGCAGCCUCUCUGGGUCUCCAGCUCCAGUGGGCAGCAGAGGCCGGUGCGGAGACAGGAAUUAAAAUGGAGCAGGCAGAAUUGGCAAGGCUGGCACCAGAGAUGGCACCGGAAGGGACUGUCUGCCUUGGGGGCACAGAGGGACUGCGUCCGAGCUGGACGGAGCCACAGCGUAUCAAAGAGGAGCCGGAAGAGGAGCUCUCGUCCCGGCAAUGGGAAGCCCAGUGGCAGGAAUUCCUCCGGACUGUGCAGGCCCCACACUCUGGGGGAGAAGGAAGCCCACAACUCUCAGGAGAUGGGGCAUGGGGCGAGGUGAAGCCUUCUGGGUCCUCCUUUGAGGGAGCAGCUGUUCCCAGGCAGUGGGCUGAAGCAGCAAAGAACAGGACCAGUCUCCCUUCCAGACCAGACGCUGCCAGGCAGGGAAACAUCAGGCAAGCGAAGGAAAUCAAGACGGAGGACGUCAGCAGCUCUGAGGCUCAUCGCCAGCUCUUCCGGCAGCUCUGCUACCAGGAUGCCCAGGGCCCUCGCGAGGUUUACGGGCUCCUGAGGGAGCUUUGCCAUCAGUGGCUGAGGCCAGAGAAGCACACCAAGGAGCAGAUCCUGGACCUAGUGAUCCUGGAGCAGUUCCUGGCUGUCCUGCCCUCGGGAAUGGGGAGCUGGGUGAAGGAGCGAGGCUCAGAGGGCUGCGUCCAGGCCCUGGCCCUGGCAGAGGAAUUCCUCCUCAGGCACCAGGAGGCGGAGAAAGCGGGAGGGCAGGUGAGAGAAGCAUUUGGGGGUCCAGAGUCAACAAAGGGGUUAAAGAAGUGGCCAUUUUGCUUAAGAACAUGACUCCUCGAUCACCCAAUGAACAGCCGUGGCUCUCCGAAGUUUCAUGCAAGGAAUACUCCAAGCUAUACAUGCCGAGAAGUGAACGUGUUCUCUCUUGCUCUGCAGGGGCUGAAUAGGAAAAAUGUUUUCUCCUUCUCUUUCAGGGACUGAGGACCAUUGCAGAGGCGGCUGCUUGUGUCACCGAAGGAGAAAAGCAGGAAAACAGGGUGACUUCAGGUAAAAGUUUACAGGAAAAUGGGAUCAAAAUAUCUGUGUGUCAGAUAGGGCUGGGCGAUAUCUGGUUUUCAACAUUGCAAUACAACCUGGUAUACCAAUAUAUCACAAUAUAUCACAAUGUCUGAAAGUAUUGCAGGAGGCAUGGUCACUUGAGAAAAAAUUUUCUCUAUCUGUUUUCUCCAUGCCCAGAGUGGCUAGAGAAACCCAGGCAGAUGGAUGGAUUAUUAUUAUUAUUAUUAUUCCAUUCAUAAUUUGAUAGACUUCUCUUGUGUCGCCUUUUACUUGAUUUUUUCCCCAAACCCUUGUGGGAGAAAAUUUGUUUUGGGGUUCAACACAGCUCACACCAAAUUCACAAUUAGACUUAAUGUGGUAAUCCAUUAGAAGGCAGAGUCCAGAGAGUCUGUGAUUGCUCUCAAACUGUAUAGGAAAAUGCACAUCACCUUGGCUGUUUCUGACGGAUUGGAUCCUAAAAUUCCUAGGCACUUCGUCAGCUGAUGUCCCAGAAGCGUGUACAGUGGUACCUCGGUUUACUAACUUAAUCCGUUCCAGAAGUCUGUUCUUAAACUGAAACUGUUCUUAAACCGAGGUGCACUUUCCCUAAUGAGGCCUCCUGCCACCAGAGCUCUUCCACCAAUCGGAUUAGUCUGAUUAGACUGAGGUAAAGUUCUCAAACCAAAACACUAUUUCCAGUUUUGCGGAGUUUGUAAACCAAAUCGUUCUUAAACCGGACUGUUCUUAAACCAAGGUACCACUGUUUUUGGAAUGGAGGCGUCGUGUAGUAAUAAUACACACAGAGUCAAAGGUCCAUCACUAAAAGAAAAACUUUUACUAAAGACAAAAAGGCUUUAUUACAACAAAAAACAACAACUGCAGAGUAAAAACUGCAAACGUGCAAGGUACAAACAAAAGUAAGAGAGAGAGAGAGAGAAGCUUGCUGAGCACACAAAUUUAUCUCUCCUGGCUCAGCGUGACCUUGAGAUAGUCAAAACAAUAUUUGCAACAGAAAUGAACCUUCUAGAAUGAACUAGAAUCUUCCAGCAUUUUCCAGUUUCUUCCCUCAAAGAUUUUAGCCAUGAUAGUUUCAUCCUCUGGCCAAGCACCUCAUUGUCCCAACCUCUAUAAUCCACCUGCACUCCUUAGAAACACUUACUCAAACCACUUUUUUGCAGUAUGUGCAGACCCUUUCUCGUACCUUAUCUGCAGUUGUCUUUAACUCUAGCCUCAUAAUGGGUUUAAUAGGAUUUCUACCUCACGCUGCAACCUUUUCUCAUGGGAAGUUGCUCCUGUUCCGUUAAUUGAGGCUCGUAUCUCCCUCUCCUCUUGCAGGUGUUGGCGGAGAAAGCGAUCAAGAUGGCAAAACGCUGAAAGGGGAAACUGAGGCAAAGCAGGCAUGGAGGACAAAACUUGUUGCUCCUGAAGGCGACAAUGUGCAUGAAGUUCAGAUCAAAGAAGAAUAUUGCGUUGGAAACGACAGGACUGAAUUCCCUCUAUGUGCAAAAAACUUAGCUAGUAGGUCACGCCUUAGAACAGACAGGAGAAUGCACGCUGGGGAGAAACCGUUUAAAUGCGCCGACUGUGGGGAGAACUUCAGUAGCCGGAAAAGCUACGUUAUCCACCAAAGAAUCCACACAGGGGAGAAACCUUAUAAAUGCUCGGACUGUGGAAAGAGCUUCAGGCAAAGGAUACAGCUUACCAUUCAUCAGAGAAUACACACAAGCGAAAAACCCUUUACGUGCUCAGAGUGCGGAAAGAACUUCCGAUGCAGCUCAAACCUCAUUUCCCAUAGGCGAAUACACACGGCGGAAAAACUCUUCCGAUGUUCGGCGUGCGGAAAGAGCUUCAACCGGAGCAAAAGUCUGACGUUGCAUCAGAAAAUCCACAUGGGGGUAAAACCCUUCAAAUGCUCAGAGUGCGGGAAGAUCUUUAGCAGGAGCAAAAGUCUUAACUCGCAUCUAAGGGUCCAUAUGGGGGAGAAGCCAUAUACAUGUUCGGAGUGUGGGAAAAGCUUCAGUAGGAGGACUAGCCUUACUCUGCAUCAGAGAAGCCACACGGGGGAGAAGCCGUACAUGUGCAUCCUGUGUGGAAAGAGGUUCAGCAGGAGCUCGAACCUUCGGUCUCAUAAGAAAAUCCACACAGAGGGGAAACCGUAUAAGUGUCUGCAGUGUGGAAAGAGCUACCGUCACAGCAUCACCCUUGGUAUUCAUCAGAGAAGCCACACAGGAGAGGAACCUUAUAUGUGCCCAGUGUGUGGGAAGAGAUUCGGUCAUAAGCAUCACCUUACUUCACAUCAGAAAAUACACACAGGCGAGAAGCCAUUUGCCUGUUCCCUGUGCGGAAGGAGCUUCAGCCACAACAUCAGUCUUAAGAGACAUCAGAGAAUCCACACAGGGGAGAAGCCGUAUAAGUGCUCGGAGUGCGGGAAGGACUUCAGUCGAAGCACCAAUCUUAGGUCCCACCAGAGAAUCCACACGGGGGAGAAACCGUACACCUGCUCCGAGUGCGGAAAGAGCUUCAGUCGGAACACCAGCCUCACUUACCAUCAGAGAAUCCACACGGGGGAGAAACCCUAUAAAUGCCCGGAGUGCGGAAAGAGCUUCAGUCGGAAAACGGGUCUUACGUCUCACCAGGAAACCCACAAAGGGAGGAACUGUAUCGGUGCUCGGAGCGUGGAAAGAGUUUCGACAGUCACACACCCUUUAACUAACGCGAAAGAAACUGUGGAAGGGAAAAUGGAGUGA